ACAAAGGAGACACGUGAGACCUACGAGGUGCUGCUGAGCUUCAUUCAGGCAGCUCUUGGUGACCAGCCACGGGACAUCCUGUGCGGAGCCGCCGACGAGGUGCUGGCGGUGCUGAAGAAUGAGAAGCUGCGUGACAAGGAGAGGAGGAAAGAGGUCGACCUGCUGCUGGGCCAGACCGAUGACACCCGCUACCACGUCCUGGUCAACCUGGGCAAGAAGAUCACGGACUAUGGGGGAGACAAGGAAAUCCAGAACAUGGAUGACAACAUUGAUGAGACCUACGGCGUGAACGUGCAGUUUGAGUCUGAUGAGGAGGAAGGUGAUGAGGACAUUUACGGUGAAGUGCGGGACGAGGCGUCCGACGAUGACAUGGAGGGGGACGAGGCCGUCGUGCGCUGCACCCUGUCAGCCAACCUGGUGGCAUCGGGGGAGCUGAUGAGCUCCAAGAAAAAGGAUCUGCACCCACGAGACAUUGAUGCCUUCUGGCUCCAGCGGCAGCUGAGCCGCUUCUAUGACGAUGCCAUCGUUUCCCAGAAGAAGGCAGAUGAAGUCCUGGAGAUCCUGAAGACUGCGAGUGAUGACCGGGAAUGUGAGAACCAGCUUGUGCUGCUCCUGGGCUUCAACACCUUCGACUUCAUCAAGGUCCUGCGGCAGCACCGGAUGAUGAUCCUCUACUGCACUUUGCUGGCCAGCGCCCAGAGCGAAGCAGAGAAAGAAAGGAUAAUGGGGAAGAUGGAAGCAGAUCCUGAGCUGUCCAAGUUCUUGUAUCAGCUCCACGAGACAGAGAAGGAGGAUCUCAUCCGGGAAGAACGCUCUCGCCGGGAGCGUGUCCGUCAGUCCCGGAUGGACACUGACCUGGAGAGCAUGGAUCUGGACCAAGGAGGAGAGGCACUGGCUCCACGGCAGGUCCUGGACCUGGAGGAUCUGGUGUUUGCCCAAGGGAGUCACUUCAUGGCCAACAAGCGGUGCCAGCUCCCCGACGGCUCCUUCCGCCGGCAGCGCAAGGGCUACGAGGAGGUGCAUGUGCCUGCCCUGAAGCCAAAGCCCUUUGGCUCUGAGGAG